AUGCUUUUACGCGACCUGACCAACUACAACUUUAUGGAACGCCCACGGGAGCAGGUCCGAGCUUGGGCACCUUCCUUGGCUCAUUUUGACGGAAAGUUCUGGAUUGCUUCCAUGACGCGUUGGACAUACGAUCCAGUCGCCCGAGUGUGGCCGCGCGUGUUCUUUGCGUCGUCUGUCGACUUGGUUCACUGGUCCGAGCCUAUUUGGGCUGAUCCGUGGGGCAUUGACCCAGAAUUGUUUAGAGAUCCUGUUUCGAAGAAGACGUACCUGAAUCUUAUGGCGCCGAACAACAACCAAGACCGACUCUGGGGCAUUUACCAAUGCGAGAUCAGUCUGAACGACGGGAGCUGCAGUGGGCAGUAUCGGAGUUUGUGGAACGGUACUUUGGCCCACAAUGCUUCAGCUCGGCCGGAGGGGCCAAAGAUGACAUUUAAAGAUGGCUGGUAUUACCUCCUCAUCGCGGAAGGUGGAACUGAUGAUCUCCACCGCUCGACCAUUGCCAGGAGUAGGUCGCCAGAAGGCCCCUUUAAAGCUGGGCCAAAUAACCCUCUUCUGUUCAAUGGGGCGUAUGGUUUCGAUAAUUUGACGGUACAAUCGACGGGACAUGCUACGAUGGUGGAAACCCCAUCAGGUGAAUGGUAUGCAGCUUUCUUGGCUCGAAGGAAGAUUAACGGAAGCUCCCCGCUAGGGCGAGAAACUUUUCUCACGAAUGUCACCUGGAAAGAUGGAUGGCCAAUAUUCAACGACGGGAAACCGAUUCUCCUGAGCGAAGAAGUUGGGCCGGUAACUGGCAAGCGUCACAAUCCGCCUCCAUUCAUAGACAACUUUUCUUCUCAGACGCUAGAUUCUGAGUGGUACCAGCUGAGGACUCCGUAUACUCGAAACUUCAAGUUGCACAAAGGCAGUAUCGAGUUGAGGCCAAAUGUGUUCAGCCUUGGCGACAGGGACACACCUGCAGCGCUCCUCCGAAAGCAGAAAUCCCUCAAUAUGACGUUUUCUGCAGAGUUGUUGGGCUUCAAUAAGACGUUGGGGCCAAAAAACCAGGUUGGGAUCUCUUCGUAUCUCUCCGAGUUUCAGCACCAGGACAUUGGUGUCACAGGGUGCGCGAACACCACAGGGCUUUGUAUAUAUGCGGAGCUACGGCAGAACCAAACAUCGCAGUAUCAUCAAAUUCCCCUCAACACCACACGUUUGACAGAGCCCCUGGUCUUGCACAUUCGCGCCACUCCAUUACUUUACCAACUUGGGUACAGUGCAGGUAAUGCGCUUCAGCCGAACUACAUAGCGGAAAUUGCAUCGUCAUGGCAGGCAUUCGCACCGGCAAACUUUUUUGUUUUCUCGGGCGCGUCAUUCGCCAUUUUUGCGACAGGACUGGGAGAACCUUGGCCGUAUGAUGGGCCGGUCGUGGGGUUCAAGAGGGUCACCGAGACAUACUAUGAGGAGAAUAUCCCGGAUCACGACAUCUGGGAUAAGGAACAACCUGUUGGAACCUGCACGUAA